CAGCACUGGAGAUGAUGGGGGGGUGCUGGAGUGUGUCCAGAAGAGGAGACCCAUGCUGGGGCUGGGAGGAGGCUGAGGGCUCUGGGUUUGUCUGGUUUGGAGAGAAGGAGGCUGAGGGAAGAACCUUAUCCCCCUCUGCAGGUCCCUGAGGAGGGGGCAUAGAAAGAGAAGUGCUGAUCUCAAAGCAGGGCCAGGGGAGGUUCAGGAUGGACAUCAGGAAGUGUUUCUUUCUGGAGCAUACAAUCAAAUACUGCACCAGGCUUCCUGGAGAGGUGGUUGAUGCCCCAGGCUGCCAGUGCUCAAGAGGCAUUUGAAGAAUGGUGUAACUCUAAGGCAGCCCUGAACUGGUCAGGCAGUUGGAUCAGAAGAUUGUGCUAAGUUCCUUCCGGCUGAACUGUUCUGUUCUAACAUGGAGGGUUUUGUUGGUUUUGGGGUUUGGUUUUAUGUGCUACAGUCUGUUCUGUAAUUUAUGGUUUGUUGUGCAAACCCACAUUGUCACUCUUGUGCUACAGAGGACAGUGAGUCAUUCAUCUUCUGGCUUAGUUGGUGUUUGCUAGUCAUGUCCGUAUUUACUGAUAUGUGUCACUCUUAAGCCAGGCUCUCUUGUAUCCAAAUAAAGCAGGUGGUGAUAAGAAAGAGCAGGGGAUUUUCUGAAGAUGGAUAGUGUCACUAAUCUGACAACCUUUUACAACCAACAGAUGUUUUCUGUCAACAUGGGCAGAACAGGGGAUGUUAGCAAAGCCUUUGACGCUCUUUCCUACAAUCUUCUCCAGGCUACACAGGGAUUUGAGCUGCCUGGCCUAAUGGAAAGUGGCCUCUGCUCAUGGCAGGGGGACUGGAACAAAAUGAGCUUUUCCGACCCAAAACCAUCCUGUGAUUCUCCUGGACUGCCUGGGUGGGCUGUGGGACAGGUAAUAAGCUGGCUCAGGCUGUGCUCAGAGGGCACCAAUUGAUGGAUUUACUCAGGUGUACUGGUUUGGGAAGCCUUGCUGGAUGGCAUGAGAGUGUAGGAAAGGUGAAGUCUUAUGCAGUAGCUAUCUUCUCCACUGCUUUUUGGUGAUGUUGGCUCUUCCACAGAGCAGUAAAAUAAAUGUCCCAUCCAGAGCCUUGUUCUUCAAAGAAAACCCAUCCUAAAGAGUGUUUUCUUCUGUUUUAAGGCAGAACACAGUCUCUCCCAGGCUGCACACUGUCAGAUUGCACUAAGGAUGCUGGCCUGUGCUCGGCAAUGUGUUCCAUUGCCCUUCUCAGUACAGUUCUAAGAUCACACCUCUUUCAGCUUGGCCACAUGGAUGCUUUUGACAGAAAUACCUCCAUGGCCUGCCAGUAUCUAAUCCUGCUCCCCAUUCUUGUCCAUUCACCCGUUUCUUUCCACUAUGACACACUCCCCACCUCUCCCUUCAUUCCUCAGGAUGAGUCAGAGAGGAUCCGAUUGUUCUCUUCUGAGGUGAAGCAAAGUGAACAAUGCCAUCAUUUUCAAAGAGGAAGAAUUUUGUAAUGGAAAUGGUGGUCAGGCAUUGGAAGGGGGUGCCCAGGGAGGUGGUAGAGUCCCCACACCUGGAGGUGUCCAAGGAAUACCUGGACAUGGCACUGAGGGCUCUGGGCUGAUUACAAGGUGGGGAUUGGUCAGAGGCUGAAUUCAGUAGUCUUGGAGGUCUCUUCCAACCCAAAUGGUUCUGGAAUUCUGUGGCUCUGUGAAAGGAGAAGACAGCCUGUACAACACAGCCUGUGCUGCUUGAGUGUGGGGUGCUGAAAAAAUAUGGGAAGUCGACGAUGCCGUUGGAAAAGAAAUAUGCAGGAUUUGCUUUCUGCCAGGACAGGCUGUUGCAGCUAGUUCUUUCUGGAUCAGGCUGUUUAUAUUUUCUGCCUUUUUCCUACACCAUUCUUUCUUUUUUUUCCCCUAAACUACUGACCAUCACUGUGUAAAAUGCAGACUUUUUACAUGAAAGGCUCUUUUUGGGAAGCAGAACUUUCCAUAAUUCUCCUUUUCAGCUGUGUACAGAGAGGGUGCUUGGGAGGGAAACACACAACCCUGUGCUGUGGCUGGGGAAGUUCUGGCACGGCUCCAUUUAACCAUCUUCCUUACAUGUGAAGAUCCUAAAGUUCCAUGUAAGUUUUACUGUUUCACUAAACAAUAGAGCAGUUCCCUGAGGGCAUACAAGGGAGGAGUUGGUGCAGGGUUAUUUUAUAAUAUCUUUCCUAGACUUCACUUCUGUGUUCUCAGUGAUGCUUUCACAUAAUGGUGCAUUGUUGUUUAUAGGAGGGAGAGAGAGGGGGUGUGUGUAAUUUUAGAAAUAAUAAUUGUGACAGGAAUUUCUAAUUCAAAAUUCUAAUUUUUCUGAGAUAGACUUAAAUACUAGAAUGCUGUGGAUGCUCCACACUUAGAGCCAGUGGACCAGUGGUGUGGUUUUGCCUCUCUCUGUACAGGUUUAUGGCUGGGAUGGAGUUAAUUUUCUUCACAAUGGCUGGUCUGGAUCUGUGUUUGGAUCAGCGAUGGAAGCACAGGAAUGUUGUAGAUGUUGCUGAGUGGUGCUUGCACAACAUCAAGGUCUUCUCUGCUCUUCACCCUGCCCCACCAGUGUGGGGCUGGGAGGGGGCUGACCCUGACUGACCACAGAGGUCUCCCACACCACAGGAGGCCACAAUCAGCUAUAAAAGCUGGGGAGGAAGGAGCAAGGGGGCUGUUCCCAAAUCACCAUUCCACAUGAUGGAGCCCAGCUGUCCUGGGAUGGCCGAACACCCGCCUGUGGUGGGAAGCAGGGAGUGAAUUCCUUUUGGUUUGCUUGCAUGUGCAGGUUUGCUUUACAUGUUCAACUGCCUAUAUCACAACCCAUGAGUUUUUGCAUUCCACCUACUGAUGCCUCCCCAUCCCACUGCGAGGGCCUGACCCCCAACAGGAAGCAGAGGCAGGAUGGAGUGAUGAAUCCCACCCCAGCUGGCUAAUCCUGUAUCACCUGGCUGCCCUUCCCUGCCCAGUCUCUGAGCAACCCACCUCCACAUGAAGACAACUAUUCGUGCCUGGCACCGUUUUUUUUUUUUUUUUUGCCGUAACCAAAGCUGACAAUUCGUGUACAGCACCCCAGGAGAGAGCAAUGAAUCAAUUGUAAAAGUGUAAAAAAUGGGCUUUUGUGAUCCAUGGGCUCUACCAGCUCCUGAGUGAGAAAUGGCACAGCUGACGUGUGUAAUGUAACAGGAGAGAGGUGGCUGAAACGUGCCCCCCCUGCCAGCAGCAGCUGGUGCUAUGCCAAGAGUAACCCUAGAAAUUCUCCAUAAAAGAGCACAUUGACUCAGGUUCUACCAAGAAACUCAAGCAAAGCAACCCUACACCUUGCUAAUCUCUGCAUCUUGGUAAGCACUGGAGUUGGGGCUGCUCUGGGGAAGCUGUGAUUUAAAAAGAAAUGCUGUGUAUUUGGGUGCUCUGGAAAUGUAGCAAGGUAGGUGAAGGAUCCUGGAGUGCUGAGGAUUUGGCUGCUAGUGGGGUGCAUUGGGCCAACAGCAUGCAAGGGUUAGAAGGGUGGCACUGUGUGUGGGGAGGGAAAGGGGACACCAGGAGGUGCAUGGAACAUUAAAUAGCUAUAAAAAACCAAAGUAACAACUCAAUCCCCCCCUAAUCCAGGCUGGGAGAUGGGUACACUUUGUGUUACCCUAAUGUGGAGAGCAUUGGCUACAUCCUGGUAUCACCCACCUCCAGACCUGCAGGACAGAUUCUGCUCUCCCAGAGCAAACUGCAGCCAUCAAACCCAGUUUGUGAAGUGAAAUCUAAAAUUCCUGCAUAAUACGAAUUGUAACAGUUGUUAAUAACACCAGAGAAAAAAACAUAAAAUAAUGCUUUAGGGGCAAGAUUUCUCCUUCCCAAGGCCUGGAUACAGCCACAUCUGUUAAGCUCUUAACCUCCAGCUACAAUAAUUGCAUUUUUUACCAAAAUGUUUGAAGUCUAAAUGUUAUAAGGGGAAUUUUCCAUAGGUGAACACCAUUCCUAUUUUGCUGUUGUUCAUGGUUUGUCCUUGCCAAAUGUGUCUGGCAGCCAAUUCCUGUCCUUACCAGCAAGAAGCAGAUAAAAGGGACAGCAGGCACUGAGCAUGGUCCCUGGGUCCUACUGUGAGCCCCCAGCACCUCCCUCCUACAGCCAGGAGAGAAAGGGUUCAAUCCCCCUCUAAGGAAUCCUGAUUAAACCUUUCCUCCCCGGCAAAGCUGCUGUGAACACUGUGUCCCGAGGCAGCAACACAUACCUGUGUUGAUGUCCUACCAUACCAGCACUUUUCAUGGCUUAUUAAUUAACUCCCACCCACUCCAGGAAACACCUAGCCCCUCCCUUUGUCCUCACCUGUCCCAGCCAUUUAUAGCAGUGAAGGGAUGCUAGAAAUAGAGACGUGGUCACUAAGAGCCAGAGGAGACAAACAGGCACUGGAGUCGAUUUGCAAAGGAGAUAUUUCCCAGUUCUCAGCAGCAUGAAAAGCUCUGGGUACACUCCAAGGUAAGGGCAGAGGGAGCUGAGUGCUCGGGGUGCCAAACUAAAACUUGCUUUGCAGGAAGCUCUGGUUAAGUAAUUUCUGGAAGUUGUUAAUUACCUAAUAGAGUUAGUUACAGUUUACUCCAGGGAAGGGAUUCAUUUUGCCGUUAGUAUUUCUUGCCUGUGUUCCAGGUCUUUUAAUUGAAAAGAACCUUGUUAGCUUUUAUGCAGAUGUCUGUUAUUUUCAGCUUAAGCCGAAGGAACAAGAAGGGGAUCCCAAGCCUUAAACUAUCUAUAGCUGGACCUGUAAGAGAGGUAGUUCUCCGUGUUUUCUUCUGCAGAGGGGAGAUAGCCCAGCACAGGCUGGAAAAGCAAGUGGAACCUCUGGCACCAGACUUGCCAAGUGCUCCGUGGGUUUUUUGGCUUAGAAUUUUGUAUCUUAGCAAUCAGCUCCCAAAUGCUUCCCAAAGGUCUUCCAAGUUUGUUCAGGUAACUUCAGCACAGCAUUCAAGUUGGGGCUUUCUCUCUUUAACUUUGCUUUGCCAGAUAUUAGAGGUCUUUUGCAGCCUAAACAAUUCCAUGAUGCUGUGCAGGUCAGAGACUUGCAGUGUUAUGACAAGCUGUGUGACAUUAAGGGAACACAGUUUAAGGCUGCCACAGAGAUGUGGCAGGGUGGUGGGGGCCAAGCAGGAGUGAAACCCCAGUGCAGGUUUGCAGGUAUAGAAUCAGAAGAUUCUGAUCUGGCAGGAAUCCACAGGGAUUGUCAAGUGCAACUCCUGGUCCUGUAAAGGACAGCCGCAAAUACCACACCAAGUGUGUGAGAGCACUUUCCAAAUGUUUCGUGAUAUUAUCAUAAUUUCCAUGACAUGCAUUUGAAGCAUAGAGAGCCUGAAAUGUAAUUGUUCUCAGCAGACUUUUAAACAGUUGUCAUGUCUUACUCAUUCUGGAAUGAGUACUGGAAGCAAGGUCUGGUAGCAAAUCCCACACUGGCCCUGUGCUGUUUUCUGGGAGAGCAGUCACACUGUGUUCAAAAUUGUGUUUGCUCUAGGUGACGAUCCUGCAUGCUUUCUGUCAGUAAAAACCCUGAAACAUUUCAAGAGCUCAUUUGUUUCCAAGCAUAAGAUGUGAUGGAGGAGAGAAUGGUGCCAUCAGUUUGUUCUGUGAGGUUUGUUUAUUCAGCCACCUUAUUCCCACAGUGUGUGUGGGGAUGUCACACUGCAGCCAGUGACAGCCCUGUGAGUGCGUCUGUGGGUGGCUCAGCCCAGGGGGACAGGGGGACAAAACCCCCUGCAGUGGUCAGGCACAGGACUCCAUGAGUGCACUGGCCUGCACCCUGUGUACCUGUAACCCUCUUCUCAUCCCCAGGGUAUCUGUUUUCCCACACUGCUCCCUGGGGAACUCUUCAAUCCCUGCCCUUGGCUCUUUCUCUGGACACUUUCCUUGCUCGCCUUCGCUGGGCUGAGGUGCAGGAGAGUUCCUUCCAUGUCACCACUCCUUGCUUGUUCCCUGGGAUGGAAGGCAGAUAUCCAUCCAUCCAUCCAUCCAUCCAUCCAUCCAUCCAUCCAUCCAUCCAUCCAUCCAUCCAUCCAUCCAUCCUUUCAUCCAUUCCAGACACAGGAACAAGCGCCAUGCCAUAAAAAUUCGUUGUUUGUCACCCCUGGGAUAAGAAGCCUGCCAUUUCUGUGUGGGGGCUGGCACCUGCAUGUACCAUGUCCUGCAGGGAUCAGUCACUCUUGCUCUUUAAAACUGAAGGUUACUUCCAGGAAGCAACAAUAGUUUGGGCCUAGAUAAUGCAAACUUUCAUUCCUCCCUGUGUCUCCAGGACCAAAUCUAGCUGUUAUUUGGUUUGGGGCACAUCCAGAUGAAAUGGGUCUCCUGAGAGCAUUCAGGCUAGAGAUGAGCUCGGUGUGCUGAAUAAUUGUGUCAGAAUAAUUGGAGGCAGAAUGGCACCAUGUAAUAAUUUAUUUAAGUAAGCAAUUAUUAAAAUAUUGUGGGAUGCCUUGAGGUGAUAAGGUGCAGAGGCCUGCAGAGCUUGUCUUCUUGCAGCAGAAUGGAUUGAUAGUUCUUCCAGAGCAUAUUGUGAUCCAGAUCUGCCUUCAGGAUGAUUUUGGGUGUAUGUGAUUUGUUUGCCUCAUAAAACAUCAUUCAGAGUUGCCAUUUUGGGGACACUACCUAAAUUAAUAAAUGAACUGUUACUGCACUCAUUAAACUCAACAGGAAAGGUGCAGCAGGAGGAUGUCAGCUGAGGAAGGACCUCCAAGCAGGCAGGGUGAUGUGCUUGGGAAAACCAUCACACGUAUGGCAGCUUCAGUUUAAAUGAAAGAUCAAGAUUGGCACAGGGGCUGUGUGUAGCCUGCUUGCUGUCCUUGGGCUCCUCUGCCUUUCUUCUUCCAUCUCAUCUCCAAAGACAGGGGAUUGUCCUACCCCCAUCCCCCUAACAGGCCUGCAGACAAAAAAUUAAGAAAUCCUGAUGAAAUCUUGCCUGCAGGUCUGUCUUGAAACUCUUCAUGCAGGUGUGCUGCAAAUUCUGUCAGAGGUUGGUACCAGCUGUGGCGGCUGAGGGUCUUCCCUGUCUUUGGGAAGAGCUCUUGGAGGAAGGCUUGAAGGCUUGCUUGCUCCCUUUGGAGAGUGGGAGCCAUAAGUGUGACCAUACCAUGCUGUUAAUUGGGAUUCUAGAAAAGCUAGAAAAGCUCUGUGUGAUGAGAGAAGUCAGAUCAAACUUGAUGGUGAAAAAUUCCUUUUAAGAGGGCAUCAGAUCUUCAAAAGAUCCUUUCUCUGUCCCAGCUGGAGUGCAGUGGUGAUGAUCAUGGUACCAUAGGAUGGUUUGAGUUGAAAGAGACAUUAAAGACCUGUUCCAACCUCCUGCAACGUGCAGGGUCACCUUGAUACAUUGGUUAAUCAGUGUUGGAAAAGACUACAUCAUCAUAAUCCGCCUCGCCCCAUUUGAAAAUGGGGUGUAAUAAAUCCAUUACAGAUGCUGUUGGGUUAUUUGAUUCUGUCUUAAAAAAACCAUAUUUAUAUUGCAAAAGAACGUCAGUUUAAUGGGUUUUUUCCAAUUCCCAACUUCUGCAGUGAUGUGAUUACAGGAGCCGCUCAGGUUUCUCACUAGGAAAGCCUUUAUGCCCCUACAAAGGGCUUGUUUUCUGGUGAAUAAUCUGGGAGUUUGAAUAGUGAAUAAGCUCUAAAGCCCCAGAAAACCAAAAGAAAAGCAAAACAAAAGGCAGCCAAGCAGAGCAGGAGGCUGUGGGAAGAGCUUAGGCUCUGCCUGAAGCACACUGUGUCUUGCCAAAGGCCAAAAUUAGGAGAGAAAUCGUGAAAGCACAAUUUCUCACUGUCAUACCUCUUAACAGCUGUCACAGCUCAGGGUCCAAAGGUGACUGUCAAAGCUGAGAUGUAAAACUGUGCCCAUGGUGAUUUAAAACUCCUGAGGGCAGGGUGCGAGAUGUGGUGGUCCAGGGAAGGACUAUUGGAUAAAAAUCCACAGAAACUCUACUUUUUUCCCAGGAAUGUCAGGUGUCUCAUCAUUUUCAGCCUCUGCCUGGGACUUACCUGCCUCUCAGCAUUCUUCCAUAUGAAGAAUAAUUACAGGAUCUCAAAGAGCCAGGAGGAGCUGCUGAUCCCUCCCACGCCAUGCCAUGCCAAGACAAACGUCAUGUUCCUCAAAACCCACAAGACUGCCAGCAGCACUGUGCUCAACAUCAUGUUCAGGUUCGCAGAGAGGUACAACCUCACUGUCGCCCUCCCUGCUGACCAGCUCUUGCACCUGGGAUACCCAAGGACUUUCGUGGCCCAGUUUGUGGAGGAUUUUAAAACCAUAGGCCAAAAUUACAACAUCAUGUGCAACCACCUGCGGUUUAACCCUUUGGAGGUAAAAAGGGUGAUGGCAGCCAACACCUUCUACUUCUCCAUCCUGAGGAACCCCAUUCCUCUGCUGGAGUCUUCCUACAUCUACUACAAGAACAAUGCGCCUGCCUUCAGUAACUCCAAGAAUGUGAACGACUUCCUGGCAUCACCAACAAAGUAUUACCACCCAGAAAGUUACAGGGAAAACAUCUACGCCAGGAAUAUCAUGUGGUUUGACUUUGGCUACGAUAACAACGCGGAGGAUGACACGCAGUACACCCAGGCUGUCCUGGAGGAGAUUGAACAGAACUUCCACCUCAUCUUGAUAGCAGACUACUUUGAUGAGUCCAUGAUCCUCUUGAAGCACACUUUGUGCUGGGAUCUGGAUGAUGUAAUUUACUUCAAGCUCAAUUCCAGAAGCCAGGACACUGUCCAGACGUUGACUCCAGAAAGCGAGGAGCAGAUAAAAACAUGGUGCUCACUGGACUGGAAGCUGUACCUGCACUUCAACCAGAGCUUCUGGAGAAGAAUUGAGGAGACCAUAGGGCUUGAGGUGCUGAAAAAGGAGGUGGAUCACCUGCGGGCCAGACAGAAGGAGCUCAUGGAGACUUGUCUCUCAGAGCAGGAGGCAGUGAGGAAAAAGGACAUCAGGAAUAAAGCUCUCCUGCCUUUCCAGUCAGGGGCUGCAAACAUCCUGGGUUACAACCUCAAACAAGAUUUGGAUAACAGGACUCUGAGAACCUGCCUGAAAAUGGUGAUGCCAGAGCUCCAGUACACAUCCUACCUUUAUGCUGUCCAACACCCCCACAAGAAGAGGAAAGAUGUGGAACUCCCAUUGCUGUGGACCAACCUCCAGGAGAGGAGUGUCCAGCUCCCAAAGUCCAACUAGGACAUGUGGCAACCCACUGUGGCUUCCCACUGCUUUGCAUCACCCCUUGUCUGACUCACAACUGACCCACAGGAUUCUUGUGCAUGAGGGGGAGGCAGUGGAGGCUUUGUUUAGGGUCAGCAAGUUGGUGGUUGGUCUCUUUUUGGGGACCUUGAGCCAAAGGUUUUGCAUUGAGUAGAUCCUGGGUGAUCCCACCUGCCUGCUCCCAGCUGGAGGAAGCCAGGCUGGCUGCAGCUGGCUAAGACAUUCCAGCCUCUUAAUCAUUAAUCACGAGCGUGAUCAUUUGCCUUCAUUUGAUUUUACUUGAUAUCCAUCAUUACAUCAGUCUGGUCACAGUUCACUGAA